AUGGUCGACUCCAAGGUUGGUUGGAAUGACGGCGUCCUUGUGGUGUCAUUGCUCUACAUGUGUAUCGACAUCCAAUACGAAUGGGAUGGCUUUGCAAGCUGCCGACGUCCCAUCCACAAAUGGCUCCUGUUGAGCUAUGGCUUGGUUGUGAUGUCAAGACUGGUCCAUAUAGCGGGUGCUCUCAUGUCCCACAACGACAGCGAGUUCAUGCUGAACCUUCGCCAGAAGAGUGCAAUUGUGCGGCUUCUUCUUUCCAUGAUGUGGCUGGUGAUCUUGCCGGCCUUCACAAUCUGGUCCAUGGUGGGCAGUGCAUGGGUGUGGGAGGUGAUGAACCACACUCCUCAGUGCCUUCCAGGUGGUGCUCACUUUUGGUUCUUGAUCGUGUGGCAGGCACUGAGUUAUUUAUGGAUCAUUGUCCACUGUGGCUUGGGCAUCAUGGCGUGGUAUUUGGAGCGAAGACUACUCCGAGCAGAAGGAGACUUGCGGCAAUUGGAGGAUCAAGAUUUGCUGUCAAGAUGGGGACAAGUGAGUCGCUUGCAGAGCUACACCUCUGUCCCAGGUCUUGGUGACCGGGAAGGAGGACUGAAAGCUAAAGAGAUUGCCGCCUUACCUGGCCUCAUGGUGGUGGACAGUCCUAUGGCUAUGGAGGACUGUCCAAUCUGUCUCACGGAGCUUUGCGCUGGCGAGAGCGCGCGCAAGCUCAGUCUUUGCGGUCACACCAUCCAUCGCUCCUGCAUCGACCUUUGGCUGUUCCGCCGAGCGGACUGCCCACUCUGCAAGACCGAGGUGAAGACCUGUGACAAGGUGGAGACCCGUGACAAGUCUGCCGAGGAGUCGUCCUGGAAUGUGUGA